AUGUUCAGGGCGGUAGCAAGAAGACAAACCAGAACUAUGAUCACAUCCAACAUCGUGGUUUACGCUGAACAUGGCGAACCUAAGGACGUUUUACGUACUCACACUUACCAAAUUGACGAGACCAAGCUUGGCGGGCUGGAAGUGGUGGUAAAGACCUUGGGGGCGCCGAUCAAUCCUUCCGACAUUAAUCAGAUUCAGGGUGUGUACCCUCUGAAGCCGCCAAUGACUAAGGACUACGGCACCGACGUUCCUGUCGCUCCCUGUGGUAAUGAAGGGUUGUUCGAAGUUAUCCACACUGGUGCUAACACCGAGUUGAAAGUCGGUGACUGGGUGGUACCCGCCAACGUCAACUUUGGUACAUGGAGAACCCACGCCAAGGAUGAUGAAUCCAAAUUCCAAAAGAUCAACAACCCUACUCAAUCCAAGGCCGCCGGAAAGCCUCACGGUUUGACGAUCAACCAGGCUGCCACCAUCUCGGUCAACCCUCCCACUGCGCUUUUGAUGUUGACUCACUAUGUCAAAUUGGAACCGGGUAAGGACUGGUUCAUUCAAAACGGUGGCAACUCCGCUGUGGGCCAAUACGCUUCGCAAAUUGGGAAGAUUUUGGGUUUUAACUCGAUCUCGGUGGUUAGAGACCGUCCUAACUUGGCUGAGCUCAAGAAGGAAUUGGAAGAGGUUAAAGGAGCUACUCAUGUUAUCACCGACGAGCAGAACAACUCUCGUGAUUUCACUGGCACCGUUAAGCAAUGGACCAAGGAAAGCGGCGGACAGAUUAAGCUUGGGCUUAACUGCGUUGGUGGCAAACUGUCGGCUGCCGUUGCUCGUAAGUUGGCUCCCAAUGGGUUAAUGCUUACUUACGGUGGUAUGUCAAUGCAACCCGUUACCAUCCCCACGUCCUUGCACAUUUUCAAAAACAUCACCUCGGCUGGUUUCUGGGUCACUGAGUUAUUGAAGAACGACCGAGCUCUUAAGCAGAAGACCUUGAACCAGAUCGUUGAAUGGUAUGAGCAAGGUAAAUUGAUCGAUGCUCCCUCUAACCAUAUCAAGUUCUCCGAGGGGGAUGACUUGGCGAAAUUGUACAUUGACGGUGUUGCUGAUAAGCUGGGUAAACAAAUGGUUGUGUACUAG